CCGGUUACAUCUACAUGCACUAAGACAGAAGACUAUUCGUCCCUUCCGCAGUGUCGAUAGUGGCUACUCGCUAGAAUCUUGCAGCUUGCAAGCUGUAGAACAGUCGACAAAAGCUUUGCCAGGACAGUGCGAUGGCAAUGGCGAAUGUUAACGUCCUCCUCCUCCCUGAACUAGGCUCCGGCCACUUCAUGUCGCUGAUCGAAGCCGGGAAGCGGCUGCUCGGUCACGGCGGCGGAGACGACGACCACCGCGAGAUCACGGUGACCGUCCUCGUUGUGCGGCCACCGACGGCGGAGUCCGCGUCCGAGGUGGACGCGCACAUCCGGCGCGUUGAAGCAUCCGGAUAUGACGUCCGGUUCCGCCACCUCCCCGCAGUGGAGCCCCCGACGGACUGCGUCGGCAACGUGCAGGAAUUCAAGUCGCGCUACAUGGAGCUCUACAAGCCGCACGUCUGGGCCGCGGCGCGGGAGCUCCGCGCCGCCGCGCUCGUGGUCGACUUCUUCGCCACCACCGUGCUCGAUGCGGCCCGCGAGCUCGCCGUGCCGGCUUACGUGUACUUCAGCUCCACGGCCGCGCUGCUCGCGCUCACCCUGAGGCUGCCGGCCCUGGACGAGGAGGUCGCCGUCGACUUCGAGGCGUUCGAGGGCACGGUGGACGUCCCGGGCAUGCCGCCGGUGCCUGCAGGGUCCGUCCCAGGGUUCCUGAGCCGCAAGAAGUCCCCGAACUACACGUGGUUUGUGCACCACGGCAGGCGGUUCAUGGAGGCCAACGGCAUCAUCGUUAACACGGUGGCCGAACUCGAGCCGGGAAUUCUCGCCGCGAUAGCCGAAGGCCAAUGCGUGCCGCCACGAUCGGCGCCGCCGUUGUACCCGAUGGGCCCGGUGAUGAACCUCGGUGUCAAAGAGUCCAACGAGGACUGCAUCCGGUGGCUCCACGCGCAGCCGCCGGCGUCGGUGGUGUUCCUCUGCUUCGGGAGCAUGGGAUGGUUCGACGCCGCGAAGGCGCACGAGGUCGCCGCGGGUCUGGAGCGAAGCGGCCACCGUUUCCUGUGGGCGCUGCGCGGCCCUCCUGCCGCCGGCUCGUGGCACCCGAUGGACGCCGACCUAGAUGAGCUCCUCCCCGCGGGGUUCCAAGAGAGGACGAAGGAGAGGGGCCUCGUGUGGCCGAGGUGGGCGCCGCAGAAGGAGGUCCUCUCCCACCCCGCAGUCGGCGGCUUCGUGACGCACUGCGGGUGGAACUCGACGCUGGAGAGCCUGUGGCACGGCGUGCCGCUGGUGCCGUGGCCGCUGUACGCGGAGCAGCACCUGAACGCGUUCGAGCUGGUGGCCGUCACGGGAGUGGCCGUGGCGAUGGAGGUGGACAGGAAGCGGGACAACUUCGUGGAGGCCGCGGAGCUGGAGCGGGCGGUGAGGUCACUGAUGGGCGGCGGCGAGGAGGGGAGGAAGGCGAGGGAGAAGGCCGCGAAGGCGAAGGCCGCGUGCCGGAAGGCCGUGGAGGAGGGCGGAUCGUCGUACUUGUCGCUGCAGAGGCUGCGUGAUGCGAUUCGCAGCGGUGCAGCAGCGUAGCUUGAUCGUUUUUUUUAACAGACCAGCAAGAGAUUUACCGGUUUUUAUAUUGAUAAAGAAACUGAAAAGUUAAUAUCAAAAGAGAACUAGACCGGCUAAAAGGACAAAAAUAAAGAAGUAGCCUAGAGAAGGCUCAAAGAACUAAAUAUGACAAGAAAUUAUGUCUCGAA